GGGCACCCGGCUCUUCCUACCCCUUUCCGAGCCCGGCCUGCCGCGCCUUUGGGUCGAGUGCUAUCUGCGCUGCGUGGACGCGCCCUCCGCCCGCCGACAGACAGAGCAGCCCGUACUCGCUUGUUCUCCUUGCGGCCCGGACACAUAGUAUGACCAUUAGGUGUUUCAUCUCCCAGCCGUUUUCUAUGGGAAACCAAAGGUAUCAGGCCAUGAUAGCCACUGGCAGCUUUGAAGACUGGGAUGCCUUUAGAGAAGCUUGAUCUUGAAGGCCUCAGCGUGAGACCUAACGAAGCCGGAAAACAGAUGCCAUUUGCCUGAACCUUCUCAGAACCGUCAUAUUGUCAUAAGAGAACUUGGGUGUUGGACCUCCUCGUGAAAGACCCUCCUGUGCCUGGAGCUGAGAAAACAGCAGGAAAGAAAUGAGCUGGGCACCAGUGCAAAGCAAAGCAUAAGCUCUGAAGCCUGCUGACAGGACUCUCAGUUCCCUCUUCAGUAACAUCGAAGUAAGGGCAGGCACCUAACAGGGCUGCACUGAUGAAUUCCGGCAGAGUUCCUCUGUCUCGUCUUGUUGCUGAUUGAAGGUGUCCCUUCUCCAGUUUUUCUUCAUCUUCUGGGAGGUAGCAGGAAUCGGCAUUAUGGUUGGGUUCAAGGCCACAGAUGUGCCCCCCACUGCCACUGUGAAGUUCCUGGGGGCUGGCACAGCUGCCUGCAUUGCAGAUCUCAUCACCUUUCCCCUGGAUACUGCUAAAGUCCGGCUACAGAUCCAAGGAGAAAGGCAGGGGCCAAUGCAGGCUGCGGCCAGUGCCCAGUACCGUGGGGUGCUGGGCACCAUCCUGACCAUGGUGCGCACCGAGGGCCCCCGCAGCCUCUACAGCGGGCUGGUCGCUGGCCUGCAGCGCCAGAUGAGCUUCGCCUCUGUCCGCAUCGGCCUCUACGACUCUGUCAAGCAGUUCUACACCAAGGGCUCUGAGCAUGCUGGCAUCGGGAGCCGCCUCUUGGCAGGCAGCACCACAGGUGCCUUGGCUGUGGCCGUGGCCCAGCCAACGGAUGUGGUAAAGGUCCGGUUCCAAGCGCAAGCCCGGGCUGGAGGUGGCCGGAGGUACCAAAGCACUGUUGAGGCCUACAAGACCAUUGCCCGAGAGGAAGGGUUUCGGGGUCUCUGGAAAGGGACCUCUCCUAAUGUUGCUCGUAAUGCUAUUGUCAACUGUGCUGAGCUGGUGACCUAUGACCUCAUCAAGGACACUCUCCUGAAGGCCAACCUAAUGACAGAUGACCUCCCUUGCCACUUCACUUCUGCCUUCGGGGCGGGCUUCUGCACCACCGUCAUCGCCUCCCCUGUCGACGUGGUCAAGACGAGAUACAUGAACUCUGCCCUGGGCCAGUACCGCAGCGCUGGCCACUGCGCUCUCACCAUGCUCCAGAAGGAGGGUCCCCGAGCCUUCUACAAAGGGUUCAUGCCCUCCUUUCUCCGAUUGGGUUCCUGGAACGUGGUGAUGUUCGUCACCUACGAGCAGCUGAAACGGGCCCUCAUGGCUGCCUGCGCUUCCCGGGAGGCUCCCUUUUGAGCCUCCCCUGCUGCUGACCUGAUCACCUUUGGCUUUGGCUGCAGCCUGGCCCUGCUUCCCUUUUCCUCCUUCCCUCCUUCCCUUUCCUCUGUCCCCAUCCCUUCCUUCUGAUCCCGUUCCCACCAACUCCCUUCCCUCUCCCACACUCCCACUCCUCAGCUCCCUGUUGCCUCUCACAGUCCCGAUGGAGUUGACCGCAACUGACACUGGGAAGCCUGGCAUCAGCCAGGAUUUCAAGCCCUCAGUCCCUUGAAAAGUUCAGCCUGACUCUUUGUUCCGCCUCCUGUCCCUUACCCCAACUAGCACAUCACCCAUAAAACAGGCUCAACCUUG